CGUUGGAAGCCAUACAAUGUGUGGGUUUCUGGUACAGAAUAAGCAAGCUCAGUAGCAGCUUGAGGCGCAUCGCGGGCGGUAGCGGAGCAAUGGCCAUGGACGACUACGACGAUGACAUGAGCAGCGUGGGCGUGACCACGGCCCGAAUCGAAAACCAGCAUCAGCAGCACCAGCACCAGCAGGGUCAGCAUGGACACCACCAACAGGGCCAGGGUCAAAGCCAGUACAGCGCAGGGGCAGUAAAAGUGGGAGGAUGGCGCUACGAGGACGCCAGUCGCUACAUCGGCGAGUGGAACCAGCGUGGCCAAAAACAUGGCAUCGGACAUCUGCAGUUUGCCGAUGGCACCCGCUACGAUGGCCAGUUCCAGGAGGGUCUUAGCCAAGGAGUGGGCUGCCUCUGGUUCGCGGAUGGAGCAAAAUACGAAGGCGAGUUUCAUCAGGGCUGGUUCCAUGGUAAUGGGAUCUUCUGGAGAGCUGAUGGAAUGAAGUACGAGGGUGAGUUUAGAGGCGGCAAGAUCUGGGGCCUGGGAUUGCUGACGUUCCAAGACUUCACGCACGGCUUUCCCAGAAACGAGGGAUUCUUUCAAGACUGUCGCUUUAUGAGGCGACGUCGAUGUCCCGAGGUGGUGCAGCGUGCUCAAAAGUGCGCUCUUAUGGCCCGUUCCCAGUGCGAACACCCAUACUGAACAGAGAGUUUAGAGCGGUUACCAGUUGGAAUAAAUGAACACACAUUAGCAAUCUAUGAAGAAAUGUACGGAAAAAUAAUAAUAUAAGCCCACUUAACUGUAUAAAGUUUAAAAAUACAAAAUUCAGUAACCGACACUUGCGUCUCAAGUCUGAGAAAAGG